AUGCUUCUCUAUCCAUAUCUCUUUCUCACUCUCAUUUCUCAACACACAAAAAUGGCAGCAUCAAUUCUAGCAUUCCUCUCAGCCUUUCUUGCCUUAGCCUGCUUGACCGCCGCCGAUUUCUACCGCGACACGGCCAUCACAUUUGGCGAUGGCCGCGCCAAGAUACUUGAAGGCGGCCGCAGCUUCUCCCUCUCCCUCGACCAAUCCUCUGGCUCCGGUUUCCAGUCCAAGAACGAGUGCUUGUUCGGCCGCUUCGACAUGCAGCUCAAACUCAUCCCCGGCAACUCAGCCGGAACCGUCACCACUUUCUACUUGUCAUCUCAAGGCGCGGGCCAUGACGAAAUCGACUUCGAGUUUCUUGGAAAUUCGAGCGGAAAUCCCUACACAGUCCACACAAAUGUGUACUCGAAAGGAAAAGGCGACAAAGAGCAGCAGUUCCAUCUAUGGUUCGACCCCACCGCCGCCUUCCACACCUACUCCAUCGUCUGGAGCCCCAACAAAAUCAUAUUCCUAGUGGACAACAGCCCUAUUAGAGUGUUCAACAACCACGGUAGCUCGGGCGUGGCAUUCCCCACGAACCAGCCGAUGAGGGUAUACUGCAGCCUCUGGAACGCGGACGACUGGGCCACGCAAGGCGGCCGUGUGAAGACUGACUGGGCCCACGCUCCGUUCACCGCUUACUACAGGAACUUCAACAUCGGCUCGUGCGCAACCGGAACGCCCUGCGCGACUCAGGAGCUCGAUGCGAAGGCGAGAAAUAGGCUCAGAUGGGUGCAGCAGAAACACAUGGUUUACAAUUACUGCGCAGAUUCCAACAGAUUCCCUCAGGGAUCUUCUCUCGAGUGCAAGCGUUCCAGAUUUUAAGAUUCCAUCAUCAAUUUUUUUGUACCGUGUCAUAUCAUUCUUGUGUGUCUAAAUUUGAUUCCCUUCAUAUUCUUAUUCAAUGUAAUUUUAUGUGAUGAAGUUCUCACCAUAAUAAAAUAUUUCACAUUUUAUUUGUAA